CUACUUUACCGUUACAGUUACAGAGAGGAUAACAUUACAAUGACGACCGUAGCUGCGCCUGUAACUGCAACCGCAACUCCAAAUGAAUCCAAUAAGAAAAACAGAAUUCAGGUUUCCAAUACUAAGAAACCACUUUUCUUUUACGUCAAUCUCGCCAAGAGAUACAUUCAGCAGCACAAUGAAGUUGAGCUUUCUGCUCUUGGAAUGGCUAUAGCUACAGUUGUAACGAUCGCGGAGAUUUUGAAGAACAAUGGACUCGCCACUGAGAAAAAAGUAUUGACAUCUACAGUUGGCAUGAAGGAUGAGAACAAAGGCCGGCUCGUCCAGAAGGCAAAGAUUGAAAUUGUGUUGGGCAAGUCUGAGAAGUUUGACAAUCUGAUGGCUCAUUCUGCUGCCAACAAUAACUCAGAAGCAGCUACUGAGGAUGACAAGAAAUGACAAACUUCAUAUAGCAGCAGCAUCAAUGUGGGAUUAUUGUAGUUAAUAUAUUCUGUUUUGUUUUUUCUUUGUUGUAAUGUUUGCAUUCAUGGACGUAAGUAAAUAGGGGAGUAGACAAAGGGUCGUGGAGUUUCACAAUGCCACACGAGUGGAUCAAUGUUGUAGGACACAUAUUUCCAUUAUAACUUUAGAUUGUAUUUCUUUAUACAACAUAUAUACAAUGACUGAUGAAUCAUAAGCUCGUCA